UUUGACUUCUGUAGGGGAGUGUUUCACUAUAAUGUCUUUCAGCAACGAUGCAAAAUUGUUCUUUGUUUUGUUCAUACUGUGUUGUUAUGUGUUGGACGUUGGUAUUGCCAUAGACAGCAUCACCUCAUCGCAAUCCAUAAAGGACCCUGAUACUCUAAGUUCCGAAGAUGGUAACUUCACGUUGGGAUUCUUCACCCCUCAAAACUCCAAAAAACGCUACGUUGGAAUUUGGUGGAAGUCUGAGUCCACAGUCAUAUGGGUUGCUAACAGAAACCAACCACUGAAUGAUUCUUCUGGAGUUGUUACAAUCUCUGAAGAUGGGAAUCUUGUGGUGCUGAAUGGACAAAACCAAGUUGUUUGGUCAACAAAUGCGUCCAAUCUUGGAAUCAACUCUACUUCAAAACUUUUAGAUUCCGGGAAUCUUGUACUAGUGGAAAGCACAACAGGAAACAACAUAUGGGAGAGUUUCCAGCAUCCAUCUAAUGCACUGUUACCAAAUAUGAGGCUUACAACUAACAAAGUAACAGGUGAGAAACUAAAAUUAACUUCAUGGAAAAGUCCUUCUGAUCCAUCCACUGGGAGCUUCUCUGCAAGUGUUGAUCGCCUUGGUAUGCCUGAAUUAUUCGUUUGGAAUGAAACUCGCCCAUUCUGGCGCUCUGGUCCGUGGGAUGGUCGACUCUUCACAGGGCUUUCAUUUAUGAGAACAAAUUAUCUUACUGGGACAUAUGUUGGAGAUGACGGGCAGGGAAAUGUUGAGUUCAUUUUAAUUACAAAUUUAGAAGAGUCUGGCAUGAUAGUCAAUAUUCUGAAUUCACAAGGCAAUGUUGAACAAAGCAUGUGGAAUGAAGGGAAGAAAGAAUGGGUAGUCACAUGGAAAAGCCAUGAAUCGGAUUGUGAUAUUUAUGGUGCUUGUGGGCCUUUUGCGAUCUGUAACUCACAAAGUUCCCCAACAUGUAGCUGUUUGCAGGGGUUUGAGCCAAGGAACAAAGAGGAAUGGAAUAGACAAAAGUGGACCAGUGGAUGUGUUAGGAGCACAAGUUUGCAGUGUGAAAGGGUCAGCAACCAAAACACAAGUGCAGAUGGAUUUUUGAAACUGAAGAUGAUCAAAGUUCCGGAUCAUGCAGAUGGGACAUUUCUCAGUCUUCAACCAGACUCGUGCAGAAGCCGAUGUUUGAAGAACUGUUCUUGCAUUGCAUAUUCAUAUGAUGCUAAGAUUGGUUGUAUGUCUUGGACAGCGAAUCUAAUUGACAUACGACAAUUCACUUACGGAGGACUUGAUCUAUAUGUCCGUGUAGCCUACACAGAACUUGAUAAAGAUAGAAACAUGAUACUCAUCAUUAGUAUUACGGUGACAAUAGGAACUACCUUAAUUGUCACAUGUGCAUAUAUCAUGUGGAGAAGGCUUAAUUCGAAACACCAUGUGAGAGGAAUCUUCAAAGGAAUCCUCCAAUUUAACAGAGGAAGAGCACCUGUAGAAUGUACAAAUGACGAUGUAUUUGGAGAUCUGUCACAAGUCAAACUCCAGGAGCUAUUAAUAUUUAGUUUUGAAAAGAUUGUAACUGCCACUAACAACUUUCACCCAUCCAACAGGAUUGGACAGGGUGGUUUUGGUCCAGUAUACAAGGGUAAAUUGCAAGAUGGUCAGGAAAUUGCAGUUAAAAGACUUUCUCGAACAUCUGGACAAGGUGUAGGAGAAUUCAUGAAUGAAGUAGUAGUAAUUUCUAAGCUGCAACACCGCAAUCUUGUGAGACUUCUUGGCUGCUGUAUUGAAGGAGAGGAAAAGAUGUUGAUUUAUGAGUACAUGCCAAAUAAAAGUUUGGAUGCAUAUGUCUUUGAUCUGACGAAAAAUAUAGUCCUUGAUUGGAGAAAACGCUUUAGCAUAAUAGAAGGAGUGGCUCGAGGAAUGCUUUAUCUUCAUAGAGAUUCCAGGCUAAAAAUCAUCCACAGGGACUUGAAGGCAAGUAACAUCUUGCUAGAUGAGGAGUUAAAUCCGAAAAUAUCCGACUUUGGUAUGGCCAGAAUCUUUGGUGGAAAUGAGGAUCAGGCUAAUACUAGAAGAGUUGUUGGAACAUAUGGUUAUAUGUCUCCUGAAUACGCAAUGCAAGGACUAUUUUCUGAGAAAUCAGAUGUCUUUAGCUUUGGAGUUUUGCUGCUGGAGAUUGUUAGUGGAAGACGAAAUUCAAGCUUCUAUGACAGCGAGAAUUUUUUGACCCUUUUAGGAUUUGUUUGGAUGCGGUGGAUGGAAAAUAAUAUAUUAUCUAUAAUAGAUCCAAGAAUAUAUGAUCCUAGUCUUCAUAAAGAUAUUUUGAGGUGCAUACACAUAGGACUUCUAUGUGUGCAAGAAUUUGUUGCAGAAAGGCCGACUAUGGCUACUGUAAUUUCUAUGCUUCAAAGUGAGAUUAUGAAUCUUCCUCCUCCAACAAAACCUGCGUUCACCCUAAGGCAUAAUAUGUUAAGAUCAAUGUCCUUUGCAAUUGUUAGCAUUUCAAGCAUUCAAGGAAGAUAGAGAACAAAGUGCUUUGAGAAAGGUAUAUGGAGGCAAUGAAGAUUAUGUUAAUAAUAGAAAGGUUGUAAGAAAUUAGAACAUUGUAGGUAGACCCUUCUUUUUUGUCAGAAGGUAUACAUUGGAUUGACUAUUUAGGUAGAAGUUUGAACUCUGAAGUGUUUUUUAUUUGGGCAUUCCUUUCAUAAGGUUUACUUCUAUUGAAAAUAUUUUGUGAAAAAUAUAG